AACCGACAGCUUCCGAAACUCUCCAGAUAAUCCCGAUUCGUUACACCAUUGAGUCUCUUUCUUGUAGACGGGUUGGGGGCGAGUGAGGGGGUUAAGAUAUUAAGAAGAAAAAAAACAUACAUUUGCAGAAAACACCUCUUCCUGUACCCCGCCUGCUCCCACUUGGAUCCAGGCGUGUCUGAAAGAGAUUCAGUCAAGAUGAAAAUAAUUGGAGUUGCCCUGUUUGGAGCCAUGUUCUGCACUGUUCUGUCUGCAUCGCAGAAAGUCAAAGAAGAACACAAGGUUGCGUUUUUCGGUGAGGACGUGCACAUCCCUCUCCCAUCCCUGGACAGCACAGAGGUUCUGUUCAAACCAGCCUCCAACCCCGCUUCGGAGAAUGUCCUGAUGAGGAACGGUCAGGUGAUGAACGGCCGGGCCCAGCUCAACUCCCUCAAGCACCUUGUCUUGGAGGACGUGGGGGAGGAGGACGAGGGCACGUACGUGAUCAAGAACACCAAGGCGCCUGCUAACGUCAAACACAUCAUCCUCCUCGUCCGGGAUUGUGCGAUGGAGCAGGUCGUCAAGUAUGGUGAGACGUACCACAUCCAAAUCAAAAACAUCAGCGUCCCCAUUAGCCUGGAGUUCAGGCCCAGCCCAGCCCAGGUCAACCAGACCACAGAGCCGCCGGCGGUGCUGCUGCUGAAUCAGAGCUCUGUCCUGGCCGAGGAGAACAAGGGUCGUCUGAGCGUGUCGGAGAGUAGGGUGACUCUAAGCAGGGUGCGGGGGACAGACGAGGGCAGCUACACCGUGCUAGACCGCGAGGGGAAGGUCAAGAUGAGGACAUGCCUGAAUGUGAAAGAGCACCAGAACUUCGUACACCUAUCAUAUGGCAGUACUUUAAAGAUCAACAUGUUUGUGGAUCAAACCAAAGCCAACCUCCUGUACACUCCGGACUCGGACCGGAGGGACCGGGUCAUAAUAGAUCAAGGAGAGCUGGUGAUGCCAUUGGAUCCCUUACUGGAUCGCAGGCUGACUGUGGAGGGCUCCAUGUGCAUUCUGGAGAGGGUCCGAGUCAGUGACAGGGGCCUCUUUAGAGUGACAGACCAGUUUGGCUUCCCUGUGACCAACAUCUACCUGGAGGUAGAAGCCUAUAAGUUACCCACGCUCUACGUUGCAAUUCUCUCCUUACUGGGCCUCCUGGUCUUUCUCUUGCUGGUUUGUUUGUUCUCCUGCCUGAUCAAUGUGCACCGAAGGGCAGAGAAGGCAAGGAAAAUUGCCCUUAUCGCCCAACAAGCAGGAAAGGGAGAUGGAGAAGCAUUCGUCAAGGUUGUUCAAGAGGCCUAUACACGGUUCGCUGAAGAAUCCACUUUGGCUUCCACGUGGGACAACAGCAAUGCUACAGAAAGCACCGAGGUCACCAUAAAGGGACUAGAGGUAACCAAAGCGGGCCGAUAUCACACUCUCACCUCGGACAAGAACUUCCUAGAGAUGAGCGACUCAGGGGUAGAGUUCAACUCGUCCACCCUCCCGCUGGACAGCGAAUGCGAGACGGACAUGCCCCAGACCUUCACCUCCCACAAGCUCCUUCUAAACAACUCUAACAGCGUGGCAGCCACAGUCAUCCCGGAGGGAGCUGACCGGACCCCCGACUCCGCCAUGAGCUCCAGCCCUGUGACCCCGCCCCGGUCUGAGGGCGACGCCCAGGAAGAAGACCUAAUGGGUGACACCACGCCAGAAAUAGCAUCCAGGGGCAUGGAGCUGGCUAUAGCCCCUGAAGUGGUUGACAGUGUUGCCGAGCCCGCCGAUACAUCCAACAACAUCCCCACCUGAAAGAAUCUACAUUGAAUUGAGCCCAGAAACAGAUCAGCAGACAAACUGACAAUCUUUGCUCUUCAGCCUCAAUUACUCCCCUCUUGCAGACAUCCCCCAAUUCCUGAUCACAACGUUUUUAGAAUAACGCUACACAAAAAUAUUUUGACCGAUGGUAUAGGCUCAAAAGAAUCCCUAAAGAAAAAAUACAAGAUGUCUGUAGCUCUAUUAGAACACAUUAAUUCUGUAUAUACAGGAAAAGCAUGCAUUUAAAUUAGACUUAUGCCCAAGAUGCAACUAAUGACUGCAUAAUGCAUGUAUGCCUCUUUUGGCCAAGAACCACACACUAAGAGAAAAUAUUGUAACUUGGUGGACUAUGGGAAAAUGCAUUAUGAUUCGUUUAAGUAACUGCCCAGUAAAAAUCUCACUUUCAACAGAUAAUAUUCUUCUAACCAGAUAAAGGUAAAUUGUCCUGCUAUAUUGUGUGGCCAAAGCCUACAUUGGAGAAGAAAAACACCUCAGACUCAAACAGGGUUUCAACAGGCGAAUCCGCAGUCACAAUCAUUAUGUUUUAUUGUUAGUAACACUGGGUAGUUACUUGAUUAUUACGAUGCCCAAAAGGUUUGAAUGCACAGUAAAUGUUUGACUGAUAGCUGAGUAAAUGUUUUUAUAUUUCUCUAAUAUACAAAAUAAAGUAACAUUUCAGAAAGGGAAAUAGAAAGGAAAAAAAUAAUAGGGCCAACUUAAUGUCAUGAAUAAAAUUGUUAUACUAGACUAAGAAAACUAGUAUAGAUGGCCGUAUUUUGUGAUAAGCCCAGAAUAUAGGCCUACGCCACUACAAUGUCUUUAUAGAAACAGCAUUAACACUAAAUACAGUCAAGGCUGUAGGCUUUGGCUCAAAUUCAGAGAAAAAGUGCUUGUCUAAGCAUAUAGCCUCUAAAGAAUUCCCAAGUUGGAGAACUAAAACCCCUAAGAUAACAAUUUGUGCUAACCAACACAAGCCCCAUAGAUUGAAUAACAUCAUGCUAUGCAAGAAAAUGUGUAGUGUUGUCAUGACAACUUUGAUCUCUGCCACUUCUGAAGACAGAUCAUUCAGCAGUGUGAAUGUCUACCACAUCGCUCAUUAUGCAACAAAAUUGACCCGGAACUAGUACAACAGAGAAUUCUUAUCAAGACGUGUUUCUCAUAGCAACUCCAGCCACUGCAGAACAAGCCUUGGAAUGGGGACCUAAAGAACUCCUGUGAUGGAUGGGACUUGAUAACCCUGCAAAUAGAAAUGAGUCCUUAGGACGUGCUCGGGAAUGUCAGGAGUUCGUGUCAUGGUCCCCCGGUCGUCCUUAGCCCGUCCUUCGUUGGUUGGGAACCAUCCCUUUUGGAAGGUACCUGGACCAUUGGGUUGCUGCCCUUUAAAGAGACUCAAAUAGUGACUGUAGAAGAAUAAGGCAGACUAAUUGAUAGUGAACAAUGUGCAUGAUCUCACCCUUCCUGUCUUUAGUUCUAUUCUGCCUGACUGCCAAAAUUAACGAAAUGCUGAAUCAAUAACUGCUCACGAUUAACUCAGCUUUCCUGAGUGAUUUAAAACAUAUUGCUUACUGAAACUGGAGUGCAGACCAAGCCAGCAAGCUAUUGCUAUUCAAUGCACUUGCGGCUGUGUUCAUCACUGUCUUUUGUGAGCAGGUAGAAGCAGUUCCUUUUAACACAAUAUAUAUUGUUGGAUGUAUUUAUUUGAACCACACAUCCCUUUCAGAAUCUUUAAACAGAUAACUGCAAAUAUCCACUAAAAUGCUAGAUAUCAACAGCAUUGUGCGUUAGAAAAUCAACUAGUUGAAGAGUACACUAGUUUCUCAGUUUCAGUACAGCACUUUUGGGUGAUUCUCACGAAACCAAUUGUAGCACAUCUGUAGCAAGUAUAGCUGAAAUAUCAACUACCAACUAUAAAGGACUACAGCAGUUUAGUUUAAAUAGACAAUGGAAAAUGUUAAUUUCCUGCAAUUCUCUUUAGUUUAAUAACACCUUUAUGUUAAGUAGCCUAUUUAAUAAUACUAUUAAUAAUAGUAGUCAUAUUAAACUCCAAACAUGUUUUAAUAUUCUAAUUUACAUGAAACCUUAAUUUUAUUAAGGUUGUAACAUAGAAUGGUCAAUUGCAACAGUCAAAUGUUCUAUAGAUUAGUUCCCAAUUAAAGGUAAUUUAACUCCUCGUCUCAGGUUCUGAAUGUCAUAGCAAACCAAAGGUAUUCCCAUGUGAAUCAGAGUUGAAUCUUCAUUUAGCAGUUUACAGCUUGUUUCAAACCUAAAUAAUAGCAGAUUUAUGUGUAGUUACAGAUCAGUACAAAAGUUAUCAAAUGAAGAAAAUCAAUAAAUAUAUUUUCUAUCAAUUGUUGGUCCCUCCUAUUGGGGCACACAUUGCCUUCUUCUCAUUACUAAAAAGGGAUACAAAUCUUAUAUUAGGAAAGUCUCAUUUAAUCAUUUUCAGCAUUUGAAAAAUGUGUUAAUAUUUGUAUUUCUUUGUAUUAUGUUUACUCCGGCCAUUACAGUAGUGGAGGAAUGAAAAAAUAUUGGAAAUGUAUUCAUAAGUGUUGGUAGUGUAUGAUCAAAAUGUAUAACAUUAAUACAACAGCUAAGUACUGUACCGGUCCUAAUAUCAGUGAUCAGUGAUCAAAGAGCCCAUUUAGUGGAAAAUUGCAAUUCAGAGUUUCGUGAGAAUGACCCUUUUGCAAAUGUGUUGCAUUCUCUGUAGAUUUUACUUUCCAAUAGACCUUUAUUCUACAUCGGAAAAGGAAAAAUGCAGAACCAUUUAGCCUAACAUUCAGAGAACAUCUGUACAUUUGAUGCCAAAAUAUAUUACCAGAUCAUUUACUACCAGUUAAUUUGCUUCAAUUGCAGUAUACUAAUACAGGGAGGCCUUAGUUCAUAGUUUGUCAGAUGUUAUAAAGGGUUAUAGCAUCUGAUAAACUAUUAACUAAGGCCUCCCAUUGAUUAUAACUCUUACUUUAAUC